AUGCCAAUGGACCAUCAACAUUCUCAUUGUCCUCCCCAAGACGGCCGUUGUUUAUUGAUACCCAGCUUGCAAAUGGCCUCACUCCAAAUGACCGGAAGAAAAGCCCAGUCGCCACAAUGUUCGACUAUAUGCGGGGAUCAAGGAAGUCGAGCUCUUCCGGUAUCGUCUCACCCCAACCGGUUAGUGCAAGAGGGUCAACAUCAAGUGAUGCUCCGGUUCCUUCACCAAGAAGUCGCCCCUGCGUUUCAAGGUGUGGGAGCCGUCAGC